CUCAGUUGUCUGGAGUUCAGCUUUGAGGAUUGUAUUGUUAAGGUCUAAUGUCAAUUGAUUUAUAAAGACUCAAAUGUCGGUGAAGCUGUAGUGAAGUCCAGCGGUUGUUUCUAUGACUGCGUUACGUUAUGUCCGAUGCCGAAGUCUGUGAUUCAGUUGAAAAAGAUAUUCAGAAGGAAAUAUCAGACAAACUUUUUGCUGCAAAAGAAUGGGGAAGUUAUUUAUUUUCAAAAGCCGUGAAGUCCAGUGAGGAAGCAGUUAAGAAACUUAGUGAUCGAAUAGAUUUAACCGAAAUCAAAUCAGUUGUAAAUAAUGUAACAGCUUCUGUCAAACAGGUCCCACUCAUACGUGAGUUUGAAAAAGCUCAAGCUGACUUUGCUGUAACGUCUCAAAAUAAGAAUGAAGAAGCAGUUCGUUUUCGUUCAUCAUCUCAAUCUGAACUUCCACCAUGGCAUCCCGAUAUAUGCGGAUUAAGUGAUUGUGAUGCCUUAUCUUCACUGAAAGAACAAAUCCUAGCUUUAAGUCAAAAUCCAAAUAACUUUCUUAUUUCUCCUCCUGAAGAAGCUCAGCUCGAAUGGACAUCACCAAUACCUGACAAUUUAUUACGUGAAGCUCAAAUCCUUUUAAAAGAAGAUCCUAAUUUAGGUUCUAUAAGGUAUCGACUUGUCCCUAGCAAAAUUAGUGAAGAGAUAUUUUGGAGAAAUUAUUUCUAUCGUUUAUCCUUAAUACAACAAUCUGCUAGCCUCUCCGCUGUUAUGGACGAUGCUCAUCAACCAAACAUGGGUAAUAAUGGUGGUAUUACAAAUGAUAACAAUGUUUCUGACACUGAUUUUGUAUGCGUUGAACAAAAUCCUAUUUGGUCUCAAAUGAAUACAAAUCUUAAAGAAAAGGAAAAAUCUAAUGAAGUUUCAAAUAAUAAUAAUAAUAAUCGUAAAGCAAAUAAUUAUUCUAUGAAAUCAAAAAUAACAUCAGAUAAGUCUUUAAAUACUUCAAGAUCUAAAGAGAAAUCUAAAAUGAAUUCAACAAACAUUUCAAAAUGUUCACCAACUUCUAUUUUAAACAAUUCACAAAAUAAUGAUAAUUCUUCUCAUAGUUCUUCUACUAAAACAUUGGAAGAACAAUUAGAAGAAGAGAUUGCUCGUGAAGUGGAUGAACUUGUUUUAACUAAAUCAGAGAAUAAUUCUAUUCAUCCAAUUAAUAAUAAUAAUGAUAACAAUGAUGAUGAUCUAUCUGUAACAGAUGAAAUUGAUGAAGAAUUAGAAUUGGAAAUAUUAGCUGAAUUAGAAGGUGGUAAUAAUAUGGUCGGUCAUUCCACUAGUUGUAAUGUUGAUGAUAGUGUCAAAGAAGCGAAUAGUUAAUGCAAGAGAAAAAGAAUGUUAGACAAAUACAAAAAAAAAAACAAUACAAAAAUUCAUUGAAAGUACACUUUUGAUUCUUUUCUUUUUAUGCCAUUAAAAAUUUAAAAUACAAUAAGAAGUGUUUCUUUCUUUUGUAUAACAAGCCGUAAUUAUCUUUGAUAUAUACAUUAUUGUUUCUUUUUAUUUCGCAAGUAAUUUCCUUCUCCCCCCCUUGUUUUUUGGCAAAUUAAAAGAACCACUGAUCACCUGAUUAUAAUUGAUAAUGUUGUGUAGUUGCGUUGUUUGUUUCUCUUUUAAUUUUUAUCCAUAGUGUAUGUGGUGUAUUCACCACUUUCCUUUUCACAAUUUUUGUUCACAUAUCAAUUAGUGAUCACUAUAUUAUUAUUAUUAUUAUUAUUA